UCUAACAUAGAAGCCAGGCCUUUUGGGUUAGAACAACACGAAAAGAGGCAGUGACAGAAAGACAAAACAUGGCAAAACCCUGCCAAGAAAACGCCGCCAAAAAUCCCUUAAACUGAAAUUAACAUGAAGGGGAAAAAGCCAAGAGGUUGAACUUUGUCUAUACAAUGUGGGAACGUAAUUUCACUGGAGAUAUCGCAUUAUUAUGAGCAGUACCGUAGAAGACUGGUUAAGGUCCCUCGGACUUAUACAAUAUACUCAAGAAUUCCUAGAUAAUGGCUACGAUGAAUUGGAUAUUUGUAAAGAAAUUGGCGAAGAGGACUUGGACGCCAUCGGUGUUGAAAAUAUUAGGGAUAGAGUGGAUAUUCUAAGCGCCGUUGAGCGGUUGAAACAAAGUGGAACAGCCGUUUAUUUUGUACUAGAGGAAGGUCAAGAUAGCCUACCACCACCUAAUGCCCAGACUCGAGAGAAAUUCAUCCCUCUAAAACUCAAAAUGCUCCUUGAUGACAAGCUACAAGAGGAUAAGAUUCGCCUAACUGAUUAUCCAUACACUGAACGGGAUGGAAGCUGCGGUAACCUUGCCGCUCUUGUGACCCUAUAUGCUGACAAGUUUUACACGUAUGAGGAAGACGUGCAGGAAGCUCUAGAGAGUAUGCGCCUGAGGCAGGUUGGAGAAAUGGCCAAGAAACAGGAUGAUGCAAAGCAAGAGACCCCAAAAGCAGGUACGUUACCAAAGGCAUUCAGGAAAAAUAGCCCUGCCAACACAAGUGGUGUGAGGCGGCGUGAAAGCAGUUCGUCAUCCUAUACAUCUGACACUGCAUCUAGUGAAUGCCACAGUGCCCCUCCCUUCGCAGAUUCUAAGGUCCCAGCGGAGUAUUUAGAUGUUAGCAGUCCUACAAAACCUGACAAAGAGAAAAGGAGACGACCUGUAGAGCGAAACACAAAACUAUCCAGAAGUCUUGACUCACUGAAAGAGCUCCAUGUGAACGCUGAUAUCAAGGGAUUAAAACCCCGCGCAAGGGAGCCAUCGUCAUUUAAAGGCAAACCGUUUUCUUCUUGGUUCAGAAGCAGUAAGCGAAGCAGCAAAAGUUCCAGCCACGAGGACAAAAUCCCUGAGUCGAAACCCUGCUCCCCUGGGGACCUCCCCGCGAGUGAUAUCACUAUGGGGGAGGAGGACAGGAUGACUUUGAUGAUCAUGGUCAAGCAAGGAGAUUUGACCGUGGAGGAGGCAGUCGAGCAGUUACAACAGUACGAGAAGGAACACCGACCAAAGCCACCGUCACAACCACAGCAGAAGAGUGGCUCUUGCAGCGAGGACGACUCCCCCGCAGCAAAAACAAAAAUCAAACGAGGCUUCUUCCCGAGCAUGAAAAAGCGCCACACCGGACGUCCGGUGUCCGAGAUCGUGGCGUGUGACAUGAAAAUGAGCGAGCAGGACCGGAUAGAGCUGAUGAAGUCAGUGCGUGACCAUAAGAUCACGGUGGAGCAGGCGCUUGAGAGGCUUGUGAGCUAUGAAGAAAAACACAAGGACGACGAGGGCUCUCCGUCACACAAGAGUAAAAAUGUAAGACACAAGUUCUCGCCCAAGUCUUCUCGCAACUCGACUUCUCGCAUCAGCAUAAAACGCGUUUCCGGGGCCUUCGCUUCAGUGAUCAACACUGCUCCCCCAAAAGCACAGCCGAGUUUUGUAUCGUACGCCGAGCAAGACUCGGGCCUUGUUGUCAGUUCAGAAGAUGACGCGAUGCCGCAGUCAGAUUCGUCACCAGACCCCUCACCAGGUGGUAAUCGUCGGUUGAGACAAGUGCAGAACGAGUCCUUCUCGUCCCUUCACAGCUCAUCCAGCUCAUCGGUCGGGAAGUCUGGUGACGACCCUCCCUGUCAGCUUAGCGCCAGUGCGCCUGCUCAUAAGUUACAUGGGCUGCUGAACGAGAUUAACACUGUACUGAUGGCGCGUGAGGAGGGCGUCGAGAAAGUCAGUACUCUACCAAGACGCGAAAAACCUGCACCUCUCGAUAGGAAAGGCUCUCUACCGGAAUUCACUCCCAAAAAAGCAAUGGCUCCAAUGGCUCCUCCUAAAGUUGCACGACGGCCACCCCCUCCCCCACGGAAACCGUCCACCCCUCCCACCGUAAGAAAAGCGACACCCCCUCCCCUCACCCCACCAAAUCAAACUUCCAAAAUAGAACAAUCUAGUACGCCCGGCGCGGCAGCAACUGGUGUACCUCUCCCCCUGCCUCCAAAUAAAACCAACGACAUUCAAAGCAGAACUGUGAGUCCAGAGGGGGGGUGCAUGUCGGACGAGGAUCGUUUUCCCUCCCCACCCCCCGCGGAUAUGUUACUGCAAGAGGACACAGACAUGGGACCUGUAAAUCAGAAAUCUAUAGAGGACGCAAGAGCCCGAUUGAAAACUCGUCCUCCUUUAGGGAAAGAGAUCCCAGCCAAGCCUCCAAGGCGUAAAAAAGAAUGUGGACCUUUGCCUAUCACGCAAGACACUUCUGUCACGCCUUCCGUCAUACAAGAACCUAACCGUUCUCCUACGUCACCACCGCCAUUACCGCCUCGACCGGAAACGGCCAUCUUUAAUCAAACGUCUGUUAUAGUUCGACGUCCGCAGAUUUAUAACAACGCAAAUUUGGGAAUUAAUGAUACAGCCAGUUCCGAUUCUAAGGGUUCCGAUUGUAGUGCCGAGAAAAAAGUUAUCAAGGAAACGGAAUCCGGUGUAAAGGACUCAGAGACAGUUGCUAAGCCUAAGCCGCCAGUAAAAACCAAACCGAAACCACCACCGAAAAAGUCCAAACCCCCUCCCUCUAUUGCAAACAAACCCAGCACGGGAGGGGUAGGUAGGGAUGAUAAUAAACCAGCGGAAGCUUUGCAAGUCCCAGUCCCCAAGAAGCGUGCAUCGCACUCACUUUCGGAGUUGAUCGAGAGGAGACUGAGGAUAGAACAAAUAAACCUCGCCGAGCGGCCUUACACUGAAAAGAACGGUCGCUGGGGCGUGCCAGUAAAUCUUGUAGAUCGGUACUCCGAGGAAUUGCGAAGACCGAAGGAGGAAAUAGCCCAAAUAAUGGACAAGAUCCGCAGCUUGAAGCUAAAAGAACAACGACGCCAGAUGGUUCCGUGUGACUUUAGUUCUCAGCUUUCCGGUGCCGACCCGGUUGGGAAUCUGUCGUCGCUUGAGGAUUGGCUCGUUUCGCUUGGUCUUCCUAUGUACAUUGAUAACAUGAAGGAAGUCGAGUACGAUGAUAUGAUGCACGUGCCAUUCCUUCAGCAAAAACACUUCGAGUACGCGGGUGUUGUAGAUCCUCGGCACAUGAGGCGGUUAUUAAACUCGGUAGAACGAAUGCCAAGAUAGGACUUGGAGUCUAUAUCUUCGAGUUUACAGGCGUGGCGGACCGAGUUAUAUUAUUGGUUUGGACUCACGACACAUCAAGCGUCUUCUGGACUCUUCUGGGAGAAUGCUAUAAUAGGAAGGCCAAAAAGACAUCGGAUUGUCCAGAUUUGAGUUCUCACGAGCGAUAGCUCACCACACGUAAGACAGCUUUGAAAAGAAUGCAAAAAUUAAAGACCCCAGAUCAUAAGAGCAAGAUAGCUCUACUAAAGUCACUUUGAGUGCACAGGACUUUUAACCAAAUUUGUACGCAUGAGCGGCUUAUGACUUUAAAAGUAUCGGGGUCGAAGGAGUGGAGGGUGGGGAAUUUGAUAGGAGGUGUAGCCUGGUAACGAGUCCAUAUCUUGAGUGAAGGCGUUUGUGAAGUGUCACUGAAUUGUGACAGAAAAUAAAAUUCCUUAAAAUAGACAUGUCACAAUAGAACACAGAAGAACUCUUUUAAACCGGACCAGCUGGAACCGGUGAAUUUUGUCGAUAACUUUUGAAGGGGUUUUCUGUCCGUUUUAGGCGAGUUCGUUUGAGUACCGGUUAGUUUUAUGAGAGUUCUAUUGUACUUUGGUUUCAAAUGAAUCGAGGGCAAAACAAGCUCAAUGGAAAAUUUAGCACUGAAAAAAGAAUAAAGACAAAAACUGCAGUUUAAUUUCUCUUAUAUUGUACAGAUUAGGAAAUUCAAUUUUUUUUCUGAAAUAUUAAAAUGAAAUGUGAUGAUAAAUAUUUCCAGGUGUACUGUAAAAGAGUUACUCGAAUAGUCUACUUAAAUGUUGUAUCGCCUAUUUUUUGUAUGAUAAGAUGAUGGUUAAAGUAAAAGUCCAAUAUAACGCUC